AUGGCGAAAAAGGUUGGUACACGGAUCCGGAUUGAUUUGGAUUCUUCUAAAGCCUUGGAGUCCGAAGAUGGAGCGGAUGUGGUAGUGGAUCAGGUCACGCGUGAGUUCACAGCAGUUCUGCAACUAACUCGCGAGAAGCAAUGCAAGGAACUAACUGCCGAGAGCUUCGGAGGCGCCAAAGACGACGUGGUCAGUGCACGCCAAGAAGUGGCGUUUUACGGUGAUAUAACUCAAAAACUAGUACCGUUAGUAGAUCGACUGAUGCGAUCUACACCCGGUCAGAUCAACACACAGAAGAAGACCGAGUUGUUUCUAGUAUUUGGUGACAAGUUCUACCAAGCUCAGGAAUUCCGUGCUGCCUCAACUUUUUUCUACCAAAAAGUACUAGUUCUAGACGAGGAGACCAACCGAGAUACUCCACAGAAUGUUUUAGAACGUACCCUGGCCUCUAAAGAUUCGCCACCACGCAAGCGGAGUCGUCUAGAGGGUCAAGCCUACGUUAGAGCACUCUUUGGAAUAGCUAUGUGCUGUUUCCACGCUCAAAAGAGUUCGGACGUAUUCGUGAGGAAUCCAGGAAAGCUGGAGAAAAUGAUCGAAGCGUUGACAUUGCUGCGUCUUGGGAUGGAAAUCUCUGUGGCUAUGGAGCGUCAGUACGCUGGCCAGUUCUCAUGGUUAACACUUAACGGCUCGGUGCUCAUUUACUCCAUUGCGAAGCCAUUACAAGCCUUGGGAUUCUCGAAAGAAGUCGUCAAUUAUUUAAAGUGGAGUCUGCUUGCGAUGGAAUCGACAGUGACGUUGUGUACGACCAAGUAUAUUAUAUGGCGACUGCAACUUGGCUCAGCGAUCUGCGAGUGCUACGAGGAUUUGACCCUGAAAGAACAAACGAAAGCUGAUCAACACGCGAAGUCUGCAGUGGCGUGUGCUGCGUAUCUCCAGCAAUUAGUCCAGCGGCUGCGUAAAGAGGAAGAGCUGGAUAUGCCCUUGCCGCCUGAAGUCCAGCGGAUUCUGCUUCAAGCAGAGACCACAACAGCGAUGUUAGCGUCGAGAGUGAAAGCCGCUGAAGCGCAUCAGCCACUCACUAAAAUUUCGAUUGAGGCUGCUUUUCCUGCUGUGAGAGACCAAAUCCGAGCAACGGUUGAUGCGAUGGAGACGUUGUCACGUGAAGCUAAACUGAAGCAAGGUGGGCAAGCUUUGUUUGCGUUGAUACCGACAGAUUCACCGAUGAAUGAGUCACUGUUGGGGCUCUUUGAUUUCGUCAUGAUAAUUGUGUCUCCCAUGCUGAAGUCACUCGUCGAGGAUGAACAAACAUCCUCGACACUAGAUCCUGCCAUUUUUCCGGUAUCCUUCCACCUGAUCGCUAUUCGGCACUGCUUUCAACUGGCAAAACCCGAUGAACAGAUGAUUUUGCUCACAAGAAGCGCUCAUGCACGACUGCAGGCCAUGUCGGAUGGUUUAACUGUGACGGAUACAGCGAUGGUGAAGUGCUUGCUGGAGCUGUACGAGGCGCUUCAUGAGGUUCAGCAGUCUUGGUUAACGUGGGAAGCUCUAUCAAAAGAGGAACGCUUGCAGUCGAACUCGAAUCCACGGAUGUAUUUGCCAAUGUCUGGUGGUACAAUCCCCGCACUAAAGUUUCUGACUCGGCUAUCGAAGGCGAUGCAGGCCUGCGUAUUUCACGGUGAUAGCGCUCUAGCUCGAACCAACCAAGACUUACUGACGUCCGUGGCACUACAAAUGUGGCGUGAGUUCGGGAUACCAAUGCUACAAGAGCUGGAUAUCUCCAAACCUUCCCAAUUCUCAAAGCCUCUGGUACGUCUUACGUGUGAACUGCUGCUGACGAUUCACUUCACGCUCACUGCCGUGAAAUUUGAAGACCUUUUACUUCACGCGGAGAUUUGUUUACGCUUGGCUACGUUGCUGUCAAUACGGGGAAAAGCACGCACAGGCAGCCAAGUUGUGCGACAAUGUCUUGAUCGAAUCGACUCGAGAAGAAGUGAGCUAGUGAACUUCUCUUCACACUUCCACUCCGUUGUCAGCAUUGAAUCGACCACGCCACUUUCCAACGCCUCGUUUUCCUGUGCCACUGGAGAUUUGAGCUUGACUGAUGACUCCAUUGAAGCAACCAACGCACGAGAUCUCGUUGGUGUACCAGGCACAGGGUCACAGCUCGGUGGUCUGAAUCAAGAUCUGUGCUGCAUCCAAGUCGACUUGCUGCUUUCGUUGUAUCGUUUGGAACUCCAAGACGCCACAAUGAUCGAGACGUUACCUCUAACCAAUACCAAAGCUUCAACCAUUACGCCAGGAACUUCUUUCCAAACGAGCACUGUGUUGCUUACAACUGAGGCCAAGCUUGUCGAGGAGUGCCAUCAAAACGGUUACACAAAAGCGCUUCUCAAUAUCCAGCGCCUUGCUCACCCAAACAAGUCAACCAAAGAGAGACGUGCACUCGCAGAUGAGUGCCUUCAACUACUGCAACAAAUGGAGAGACAAGAGGAGAACCUACGACGCCACUUGAUCUCAACUUCGUCUUCGACCGAGUCUUCAGUUCCAGCCGCUCCAAUUGUGAUCUCUCGCUCGAGCUCCGCUAUCACUGUCCGAGUUGUAGAGUAUCAGCCUUCAAUACCAACACUGCGAAAGAAGCGCGUGCAAUACUACAUGGUAUUCGCGAAACCCGUUGGGGCAGGAACUGCUGUCUCGCUCAAUAGUAAUCAACUAGCAGGAACUGCUACUCCUCUUUACCCGCCACACUUGAACGCGACCAUAUCCGGAUUGCUGCCUAACGCGAGCUACGUCUUCGCUGUUGCUGCCUUCGACAGUAAGCACGAAGUCAUCCAGUCUAUCGGCGAAACUUCGGAACCAGUUGUGGCGCUCAAUCCACUGCCUUUGGCAAUGUGCUAUGGAUAUCUUGCCAAAGCCUGCUAUGACGCUCAACUCACUGGGGGUGCUAACCAGGCUGCGAAGUACCUGUACAACGCCGUCGCUUCAGUGCGUGCUGGUCGUCCGGCGUGGAUGGCGAAUCCAUUCUACAGACAAGCUCUGAAGCGUGAUGCAGUGGCCCAGCUCCCCAUACCAGUUCUUAAUCUCUGCAUUCAAGCGCUACUCAUCUUGUGUCACGACGAACCUGGAGAUCUAGAUCAAGAUGGGAAGCUUAUCACUUCUUCUGACUUAGAUGCUCAGUCACUCACAGCUACACAAACAAAAGCUCUUGAGGACAACCGUAAGAUUUCCAUGGGCAUUGAGAUCGCCUGUGCGACGGACAAUCAGGAAGCAGUUCGAGUUUUGUGCUUCAAAGGGUAUCGGUUGCUGCUGCCCUUGCUGCACUUGAAAGGCAGCUGCGACGGUCUUACGUUCGCUGCUCUUGUGACGUACUACCAAGCACUUCAUGUGAUUCCUCAUGACAGGUGGGACGUCGAUACGCGAAGUAUCUGUGCACGUAUCGGUUUCGAACUGUUCCGAAUCACACAAGAAGCACACGGCGACAUCUCUCGAGUAACACUUCCCUUGGUACUAGCAAGACAUAGUCACCAUGAACCAGAGCAAACUCCGUCCGAUAGCACGCAGAAUGAAGAAGACGACAGCUUGCAGGAAGUUGUGGCGCUCUUUAAACUCGCUACAAGUGCAGCUGGUAUGCCACCAUCAGAAAUGCCAGCGACUGCUAUGGUAUCUCCUCGAGGUGCCGGGGCAAAGACAGCAGCAGCCAUCUCAAAGGAUAAAAGCCAGAAUAAUAUGCCUCAAGCCACUCCACGAACAGGCGAAAAUGACAAAGCGGAAGCUGGGAAACAGAAUUUGAACGACAUCCUCCAAGCUACUGGAAAUGAUCUUUCUAAGGUCUUCAUCACGCUUGAACAGCUGAGUGCUUCCGAUCGUCGAGCAAUCGAGUUCGCCAGCAAGAUCUGUGGGGCCAUUCUUGGAGCUGGAGGACAUGGAAUCGCUCACAUCGACAAGUUUCUGUUAUCUCUGAAAGUCAACGGAGCGAUCAGCAGCCAAUUCCGAGACACGCUCAGCUCACUUGGAGGCGAUUCACUUCUACCAGCGCUAAAAGAGGAUCCUCCUGUCGAAGAAAACCCAUUAAGCAGUCGAGAAGAUCAGGAGGCAACAACCAGCGAAGCUAUUCCACCUGAAAGUACGAUCCCAAAGACUGGAGCUGAUGAUGAUUACCUGUAUCGGUGGUGUGGUGAGCUGUUCUUCAUUCAAUCCGUAUUGUUGUACCGGAAGAUUGCAACGCUCAGCGAUACCAUUAACGAAGUGGACACAACAAAAGGACCAGACACCGAAAACUGCACGUACGAAUUGCUCCAUGGUGGUCACCACAACGAAAAUGAUGCUGGCCACACCAAGAAAAAUCAGGACUCGGAAGCUCCGUCAGUGUCAGAUGAUUCUCCGACGGAAGUUGAACUCGAAACCACCAACGCAGACGCAUCACAAGUGGCCCAACUGGAUCAACUAUUUGGCGAACUUCUUGAAAAAUCGGCUGGAUGUUGCAAGCUUUUUCAACUGGCACACUGUUGGCAAGGUCUACAAGCCGUAGCUCAACAGCUUUGGAACGCAAUCUGGCUCGCUUGGGUGCCUCCAACUCGAAUAAGUGCGUCGCUAACUAGACUCACUCACCUUUCAACGUGCAUUGACGCACUUCUAGACAUGAUGGACUCGACGAUGAAUGCGACACCUGCCACAGCGUUACCCACUUCGACAGUCUUUUCGACAGUGGCGUACGCCGCGGCCAACGCAUUGAACGUUGAUCACACCUGGUUGGCGAGGCUCAUGGCGUACUCAUUGAGAGCAUUUUGCUCGUUUCAAGACUGGAAGAGUGUCGUACAGAAAGGAAGCAGAUACCAUUCCUUGUGCAGCACUGAAGGCAGUCGGUUCUCAGAACAGAAUUUCCCUAUCUUGCUAUACGCUCAGCAACAAAUCUUGGAUCAUCAGGAAGCACUCUUAACAGCAGUAGAGGAAGAAUUGAAAGCCUUCAUCACAGCGUUCCAGGAACAAGAAGCCAAAAAGAAGAAGAAAAAGUCCAGACUAGUGGUGGAAGAAGUGUUGUCGCCCGAGCAGAUGACGUUCCGUGCCAAAAAGCAAGAAAUGGAGCAGCGAAUUCAGAAACUCACCACCGAAAGAAAUCUUGAGCGUAAAACGCUAGUCAGUCUCUCUGAAAUCUAUGACGGACUCUCCAAAGCGAUCAACAAGAGCCACCAGGCACUCAAAACAUGCCACGAACUCGUUGAAAAGUAUCGUCGACACGAUCAGCUCGAUGGUUCACAGGAGGAGCUUUCUGCUCUUCGACGCCAAAUCAUCUCGUCUUUCAAUCGGUGUGUGGUGUUGGCACGACAAAAGCGUCAAAAGCGAAUCGUGUGUCAAGCUCUCCAUGAAGUUGGGGACUUCCACCUCGCAUCUGGAGACUUGAAAGCUGCUAUCAAGAGCUGGCUCGAAUCACUGGAUAACGCCUUCAACACACUCAACGUUUGCUCAUCGUGGCGAGAAGUUCUCGUUCCAGAUGCAGAUCAUUUUCUUGAGAAUAGCACCAAGGACACUAUCGCUGGUGACGAAUUGUGGGUGUGUAUGCAGUGCUGCAACGUGCUAUCGAAGCUGGUCAUGCACUCAUCUGGUGUCAACUUGCAGAAGGCCAUCGACUACGCCUUGAUGGCAGCAGCCAUCUUCACUCGAUUCUAUGGUUGUUCGCUGCCACACCCGACGAAAUGUUUCUUGUACGGCUCGUAUCGGAUGCUUGGACAGCUGUGGCCAGGACGCGAGUUGUUGAACGAUCCCGAUCGUAUCUCUCCGUUCUCUCUUGGCAUCAUGCUCAUGUUAGUUCCAGAAGUUCUACUUCAAUACGACCAGUACGCCUCCACUGCUAUGCCUGUGAUUGCAGGCUACGAAUACGUCGCGGAGAGCUGUCUCAAAGAUGCCAACCACGUCGCAAAUGCUCAACGACUGCGAGUCGAAGCACUUGUUCAAUGCGGGCGCUUCCAGGAGGCAUUUCAAGUGCUGAUGAACUUGUUACGAGGUGGAACAACGCCUCGCGAUAGUACCGGGGCUCCCGACGUGGAGGCUGUGGUGUUUCACGACAAUAAAUCACUCCUGGAUGAGAUCAAUCGAGCCGCAAUAAACUGGCUGAUCUCGCUCAACGUAGAGCAAAUCCAAGCCGGUCUCAACAAACGCUACCACGAGACGCUUGUGGUGCAUAUCUUGGCCGUGAUACUGCACCUUGCAGUCGCAAUGGCACGCCAUGAAAGCAGAUAUGACCGUGAUACGGUAAUUCUUCGCCCUGUAGCCAAGAAAAUGGCACAAACACUGUUGUCCUCCGUUAAACCAAGAGACAUAACGUCCACCCAAACCUCCAGAAAUGCUGAAGGAGCUGCUUCUAGUCAAACGAUAGAGUCAAUCUCGUGGGAGGAUCUCCAGCUUCGUCGAAUUCGAGCCGAUGUCCACUUGCAGUUGAGUUAUCUGGCAUUCUUUGAAGGCGAUUGGAACGCAUCGAAGAUAAGCAGCAUGGACGCGAUUGGAGAGUACGAUGCCAUUCCUCUUGGAUCCGAACGACCGCUACGCUUGGCGCUGCAGAAGCUGAAGUUCUCGCUGCUCUAUUCUCGAGGUACAUACCUCGCCAAGUGCCGGUCACAAAUUGUUGCUUGUUGCCUUGCACAGACCCACUAUCGCACUGCACUCGAGACCACUCAAAUGGCAAUUGAGGAGACAAGAGUCACCGGUGAAGAGCACUUUCGCCAGCAGCUAGAGAUGCAGCGAUUGCAAGCUAUGGUGUUUCUUGGAGAACGUGAAAAGGCUGAACAGGAGCUCUUCGCCUUGAGAGAAGAUGCUCUUGCAACGCACACAGCAACUUCGCUCACCUACGUUCGCACAUUACAAAAUUUUAGCUCGUUGCUCCGUUCGAAAGCGCUUCUCUCGUCCUUUCCAGCGAUAUUGAAAGCAGUCGAUGAACGCUUGAGUGAAGCACAACAAGUGCUGGAUGCCUUGUUGGAACAUGAUGGCUGGCUAGGCGUUAGCUCGGAUCACUCGUCACCUCUGGAAGUUGACAAGAGGCUCAACUUGUAUCGUUCUGCCAUCCCAGAUUUCGUAAAACUCCACGCUGAGUUGGCUCAGGUGUUACUGGAGUGUCCUCUAAAGGAGAGCGAGAACGUGCAUGAGCGUCAAAAGAGGGCGCUACGGUGCGUUGAAGUUGGUAUCCGUUCGCUUGAUCACACCACGCAGCGUAUGCCUCCAACCAAAGCCCGCCUUCUGUUGUUGAAAGGAGUCUUGCUUUCGAAAUCCUUGCACUCAACCACGACACAGAUCGAAGUCACCAGCUCGAUGGCUCCGUCCAUCACACUCGACGAUGAAAAGCUGAAGCAGCGACUCGAAGAAUCCGUUGAGGCCUUUGUAGGCUGCAUCAAGGCGUCAAUCGAAGGAGGAUAUGAUCGCCAGUUGGCUCGGUUCGCGUUAAUUGAGCUGGUUGAUCUGUUCGGCCGGAAACUGGUUCCUGGUGAUGAGGACGCUCACGUUCAAGCGGCGUUUCAUUAUCUGACACUGGCGCUGGAAGUACAAAAGCACGAGUCCGUGCUAUUUGACACGCUUGAACUGCAGAAUGGCACGGUUACCUCCGUCGAUAAGCUACCAGCUUCUGUUUGUACCUCCAUCAACGCGCAGUCCAAUGCAAGUGAGGAUGGCCCACCGAACACGAAAGCUCCUGAUGUGGGUGCCAUCGUCAACUAUUUCGUGCGCUUGCUUCGAAUGCAACAUAUCCUUCCGGUCUGCACUGCAGAACUUCAGGAUACUUGUUCUCUUCUCCAUUCCUUCUUGAUGCAGUACCAUUCAACGUACGCUCGACUGGCUUGCUUAACAGACUUGCCGGCCGUUCCUACCACCGACCCCGAAAUCCGCGCAGGGCUCGUGUGUGCUCUCUGGGGACAGAAUCUCGCUCCAGCUAUCGUGCCUGUUUCUGGAGACUCAACGCACAAUACCAAACUUACGCUCUACUUCGCGAUUGGAACGACUAAGGUGUCAAUCGCUGACGACUCGCCCGCUGCAGGUAACGAUGCUGCGAUUGUGAGGAUGGAGAAGUUUGCGUCUUUCCCUCUGCUUAGCAAGCGUUGUAACUUGGAUCGGCGGUCUGUACAACACUUGAAAGCGGCGUUAAGUAGUCUGCGAACGCAGAUGGAGGACGAAGACUCACUGCUCAUUGAUCGCAACGCUUUCCAGCAAACUUUCCACUUGACGUUGAGUAAGAUUCAGCAACUUUUCCGCGGAGCCGAGCCGAGCGUGAAAGACGAAGCGCGCGACUCGACGGGGGUUCUGCACGAUGCAAUUGGAGACGCAAUAAUAAUUGAGUGCACGUUGGAGACGGUCCGACGCCUGGAAGAUCUGUUUUCCAUCAACAAGGGAGUAAAUGUCGCCGACAACGACCUCUGCUAUUUCUUAAGAGAUCUUCUGGAUUAA